GGAGAUAUAAACUGGAGAAGGGAAGAAAAAAAAAAAAGAGAAUUGAAGCAUCUUGCAGCAAAGCCCGGCGUACGACUGUGCACAACUUUCGAUUUAUUACAAUGUUAGGCCUGCUGCGCAUACUCCAUUCGCAGACUCGUCGGCCAUAUAUCCAAGCGCAUUUCUCGAUACCUCUAACGUGUAUUCGUCGGAUAAGAAAUGGGAGGUAUGAAAUUUUCCAAAAAAAAAAAAAAAAAAAAAAAAAAAAGGUAGGAAAUGCUCAGCGGCGUUGAGCAUUAUGCAAUGGUAGGUUACCAUACUGAAUUACAAGCCAAUGGGGCUCCAAUAUUGUGAUAAUCCCAGUGUGCUAGGUAGCAGAUCGCAGAUUAUAGCUAUACAAUGGUAUUCUUUCAAUUUGACAACGUCACUCACCUUGUGGUGCUGUGGUGCUGAUCCAUCUCGGAUUAACGGGCCGUUCUGGAACUCAGACGAUUUCUGGCAUUCUCGAUGGGCUGCAUUCGACAACCAAGGAGCAAGUUUGCAACACAGCGCAGGAAUCUUGGUUACGCUUAUGCGAGGUUGUACGGCCAUUUACCCAAGCCAUUGGCCGGGCACUGGCCAACGCAUCUUGCAUUCGUUAGCAGUGCGUCUAAUCAUCGGUUUGAUAAUAUUUUGCCAAAUGUCUAUCAACGCUAGCCCCUUGUCAGAUGUGGCGCGGCCGUUGUUACCGUUUUCUGGGUUGGUAACGCAAGAGCUUGCAAGCGUUACCCAAGUGCUCUGCUGGAUAGCAUCUUGAACGGGUCUCGUGGGCCAUAUAAAUAGGCUACUCAUUCGAGAAUCAACGCCUUGUUCGAUGUCGUCAAGCUUCUGACAAGCCUCAGCAACAACAACAACU